AUGGCGACCACAGGGUCGGCCGAACGGCCCGGAACACCAGCCAGCGCCGUCACCGGCAGGUCCCGGCCCGGUUUAGGAUCAAACCCUCGAAAUGUUGAGGCGAAGAAGUGCGCGGCGUGUGUAGAGGCGCCGGCCGGCUUGAGCUCGCCCUGUGGACACACGUCCUGCCCGCUCUACCUGGCUCGAAGACACUCCGGCAGCGAAGAGCGGCUCCGGAGGAAGAGCGACCCCGACAGAAGCCGCGGCAAAGCGGGCAGGGGCGACUGCGACGGCAGGAGAGAGUUUUUCGUUUCUCCUGCUUUCGUUCCAAGGUCUGCAGACAAUUCUUCAGGACAAAGCGGAAAACACAAGCUGUUGUUGGAGGACAGAGAUGAGUCCAGGAGAAGAAACCCUGUCAACUGUAAAGACGAGUCUGGAUCAGUCCAACGUUCUGAGGAGCCUGAUUGUUUUUUUGCUCAACAAAAAAAAACAACAAAUUGUUGUUUUUUCCAGGGAGUCUUGUCUGAUUCAGAGAAUGAGGAACCAAUGAGCAGCAGGAUCAGAAAUAUUUCCUCCUUCAUCAGGAAAACCAAAGCCUCACUGACCUUCACUGGUGGUUCCCAGAGAAGUCGGAGCUGCACUGACCCGGUGGAGGACAGAGGGGGGGCGUUAAAAGUAGCCCAGCCAAGCCCAAUGGACCAGGUUUCUGUGGGCCACAGCUCCAUGGCAGGAAUCCUCCUGUCCUCUGAGAACAGUCGCUCUGUCUCUGCUCCCAUCACUGCUCCCGACCGCAGAUUCACGUGGCGAGUUGUUGUCACAUCGUCGACCCCUCUGGCCCUCCCGCCUUCCCGCCCUGAACGCUCCGUUAGCCCUGACAGCAACGAUAGCAUCUCUGAGGAACUCAACCACUUCAAACCCAUCGUGUGCUCGCCAUGCACGCCGCCCAAACGCCUUCCGGAUGGCCGUGUGAUGGAGCCCACCAUUGUCAAGUCCACCCCCAGGAAUCUGACCCGUGGCCUGCAGAAGGCCACCAGCUACGAGGCCAGCCCUGCUGUCCUGCAAAAGUGGAGGCAGAUUGAGCUGGAUCGCCAAAGCCUCAAAGUGAACUCAAAGGCCACGCUGACCAGCCCUGUCAUUGAUCUCCACAACAAGACCAGUGGAGGCGAAGAUUCCGCAAAGCCUCAUUCUCACCCAGCAGGAGGCGGCAUCAACAAGAGGAGGCUGCUGUUUGAACCUCCGGUUGGAGAUGUUGACAGCUUCCAGAAACCAUCUGUGAAGAUCCGUGUCCCUGCCGUUCGCUACAGCAACGAGUCCACUUUCAGAGGAACCUCAGACUUUGAACCAACAGCCACUGCUCCUGAAUCUUGCAGUGGAGGAGCGAUUUUCAGCCGAAAACAAUCAUUCUCACCCUACACCAAACACUCUGGUUUUCAGGCAUGUAAACUGGUGCCAAAGGACUCACAGAGUCCGAAGAAGGAGUCUGACAGUAGCAUCCACAAGCAGUCUACCUCACGAAAAGGCAAAAAGAGGAAGCAGAAGACCAAACACCUGGACUCAGAUUGGGACUCCGACCUGAAAAGAAGUCGGUCGUUGAGCCAGGAGGCUGUGGACGAGCGGUACAUGCAUCAGACCCAGCAGGAGCGCCAGGACCGAGCGCUUGCCCUAAAGCUGCAGAGACAGUUUGACCUGGAGAACCAGAUGGUCAGCCGCAGGAGGAGUCCAGACAAGUACUUCUUGCGUUCUUGGCGGUCCAAUCAGAACCGGAGGAGGCGAGGCCUGAGGAGAUCUCGAAGAAUCAACAAGAAGCACUAGAGAGGAGCAGUCUGCUGAAGUUUAUAUAUGCAAAGUCAUGAAAGUGAAGGUUGAACAAAUAGUAUGAAUGUUUUCAAAUCAACAGCCUGACUGUAUUUUAAACUCUAGCAGGAUUGGUUCUGAAUCCUGGACCGAUACAUUUCUUCCAAACUUGUCUUUUUAUCAGCAUAAUACCAAAAACUGAGCUCAGUGCCAGAGGAAAAUUGGCACGAGCUGCAUCCCAAACAGUUUUUAGUUCAGUCCAGCAGAAAGCGAUGGAGCUCAGCAAACUUUAUAACUUCUCUUCAGCUCACUAAACUGAAUUUGAAGACUGAAAGCUCUACGUUUACAGUGUGUUUAGAUAAGAGGGGAGACAUCUUGCGUAAGGAAUCGGUUUAUUUCAGUUUUAUCCUCCUGAACAUGUCCAAAACUGAAUGAGAAUGGACCGUGGGAACAGAACCACUUUCCUGAUUGGGUUCCUAACAUGGAACGGGUUUGGUUCUGUGGAGACUUUAAUGUAUGUGAUCACUGAUGAGGCCUUUUCCUACUCCCAAUGUGACUUCUUCUCCCAGUUUGUUAUUCCAGUAUGGUUACUGGCAGUCUUCCAGUCUGUACUUCUCACAUUGGAUGUGGAUGAGGGUUGUUCACAGCCUCUAGGCUCAUAGGUACUAUGGUUCUGGCAUGUUCUGUUAAAAAGCCCUCAUUUAUCUGAAUGAGCAGAACAGUAAUCUACAUCAUGGCUCGUCUCAGAGCUUUCAUUAGUUUUUGGGUCGCGUUUUUAAAUCUACAGCUAAAUGUUGGAUUUACUGAGACGGCAAAGAGCAAAUACCAAAUUCUGUGGGCACGUUUUGUUGUUUGGAAUGUGCAGAUGAUUUACAUAAAAGCUUGUGUGAUCAACAGGGGAUGUACUUAACUGAAGGUUCAGUAUCUUGACGAGUCCAGAUAAUGACUCACACACUGCUUUCUGAUUGUAUGGACUCGCCUGGGUGGCACGGUGGGGUUGUGGUCCUGGGUGCGAACCCACCGGGUCAGUCAGGUGCCUUCACUGUGGAGCUCCCAGGUUCUCCUCCUUUCUCCCACAGACCAAAGACAAAGUGGUGUUCGUUGGUGACAGUAAAUUGCUUGUUAGCGUGAAUUUGAGCAUAAGGCUUGUAUAUGAGCUGUGUGAUGUACUGAGGAUCAUUAACGGACGGGCAAUGAUCGGCCUAAAAGCCUAAAGCUUCCAUCUUAUGGUUUCUAAGAAUGAAUCAUGCUCCUUUGUGUGAAUCACCAGGAAAUUAUACACAUCGGUGAAAGCUGAUGGUUUCACAAAUGCUUGUUAUUAAUAAGUGGCGAUAAAAACAAUGUGGCAUAAAUGGAAACGAAUGCCUCCCAGCUGUAUUUAACUACAUGGUAUUACUUACAUUUCACUGUGUGAACUCCUAAACCACAUAUCACUUCAACCUUCCAAUAUUUCUCCCUCCUUUACUUUAUCUGAUUAUUUCUGUAGUCAUUUAUUUUUUUCCUGUCUUAACAUAAUCAUGUUUUCUGUCAGAACUUAUGGGUUCCUCAAUGAUUUUUGCCAUACGCUUCACAGUCAGAUGGAAACAGUGUGAUUAAUACUUAUUGACAGGUUGAAGUGUUUUUGGUGCUGAAGGGCUUUUCAACCGAUGCCACAUGAGCUUUGCUCUCAGAAACACUGAUAUGCACAUUUUGUACUAAAGCCUGGGGUUGUUCAGUUGAUGCAGUGUGACAGCAGCGUGGUUCUGCAGGUGGGGGAGGGGGUGCGAGCGCUGAGUGCCAGACCUGAGACUGUCUGCUGGACAAUGGUUAGAGUUUAUAUUUCAGUAGUUUUGUAUUGAAAGGAGCAGAGGCUGUCGGAAACAAGACAAACUAAAAUACAUAAAAAAUCAA